AUGGUUUAUUCCCCCAAGAUUCAGCCCGAUAUCGAAACAUUGAAGCAUCUAGAGCAAGCCAAUGAUGAUGCAUCCAUUAACAUGUAUCCAGUGUAUGCAUUCUUACCUUCAUUAGAUUUAACUCCACAUGUCGCAUAUUUGAAAUUGGCUCAAUUAAAUGAUUCAAAGAGACCAGAAUCAUUCCUAUUAGAAAGUGCCAAGACAAAUAAUGAGUUAGAUCGUUAUUCCUUCAUUGGGAUAGCACCACGUAAAGUCAUCAAGACCGGCCCAUUGGAAGGAACUGAAGUUGAUCCAUUAACUGUCUUGGAAAAGGAAAUGGCUACAUGCAAAUUAGCUGAAAAUGUGCCUGGUUUACCCAAAUUGAGUGGUGGUGCCAUCGGUUACAUCUCUUAUGAUUGUGUCCGUUAUUUUGAACCAAAGACAAAGAGACCAUUAAAAGAUGUUCUUCAAGUUCCUGAGGCAUACUUAAUGUUGUGUGAUACCAUAAUCGCCUUCGAUAACGUAUUCCAAAGAUUCCAAAUCAUUUAUAACAUUAACACUCACGAAGUGUCAUUGGAGGAAGGUUAUAAGACCGCUGUUACCAUAAUUAAUGAUAUAAUUGCAAAAUUAACAGACAAUUCUAAGCCAAUCCCAUACCCAAUACAACCAAAGAUCAAAUUAGACCAAACAUUCACUUCCAAUAUUGGUAAAGAAGGUUAUGAAGCUCAUGUAUCUAAUUUGAAAGCUCAUAUUAAGAAAGGUGAUAUUAUUCAAGCCGUUCCAUCUCAACGUGUGGCAAGACCUACAUCUUUACACCCAUUUAACAUAUAUCGUCAUUUAAGAACUGUGAAUCCAUCUCCAUAUAUGUUCUACAUUGAUUGUUUAGAUUUCCAAAUUAUUGGUGCCUCACCUGAACUUCUAUGUAAAUCAGACGCCAAGAAUAAAGUCAUCACUCAUCCAAUUGCUGGUACCAUUAAGAGAGGUGCCACCACUGAAGAAGAUGAUGUCUUGGCGGAUGAAUUACGUGGAUCAUUAAAGGAUCGUGCAGAACAUAUCAUGUUGGUUGAUUUAGCCAGAAAUGAUAUUAAUAGAGUUUGUGACCCAAUGAGUACCAAUGUGGAUAAAUUAUUGACCGUACAAAAAUUUUCUCACGUUCAACAUUUAGUCUCGCAAGUUAGUGGGACUUUGAGAAAGGAUAAGACUAGAUUUGAUGCAUUUAGAUCGAUUUUCCCUGCAGGGACCGUCAGUGGUGCACCAAAGGUGAAAGCCAUGGAAUUAAUUUCAGAAUUAGAAGGUGAAAGACGUGGUGUUUAUGCUGGUGCCGUUGGUAACUGGUCUUAUGAUGGUAGGACUAUGGAUACAUGUAUUGCCUUAAGAACGAUGGUUUAUAAAGAUGGUAUUGCCUACUUACAAGCUGGUGGUGGUAUUGUUUAUGAUUCUGAUGAAUAUGAUGAAUAUAUUGAAACCAUGAACAAGAUGAUGGCUAAUCACAAUACUAUUGUGCAAGCGGAGGAAAUUUGGGCAUCAAAAGUUGGAUCCUUAUAA